GCUAGUUUGCUAUGUUCACAUUAGACACAAUUGUUUCUCUAUAUACGCGAUACAAUCUUGUUUAAAUGGAUGUUAACAUGGUUUGUUGUCGGUUUUGAUUAGUGAUCACGUUGCUUUGAUACAGUUUUUGUGAACUUUUGAAGUAUGCGAGGGUCCUGACAGAUUGAUGUCCGAACCCCUGAAGGGCGGUGCCGGCGAUGGGCCAGCAAAGGUACCGGACGAGGAGAAAAGGGGCCGUGGUAGGCCAAGGAAACCUGUCUCAGAUGAGCCCAUGGAACCCAAACAAAAACGACCCCGAGGGCGACCUUUAGGAAGCAAGAAAAAACCUGCAGAACCUCCGGCGCCAAAGAAACCCCGUACUAAACCAAGGAAAGCGGCCGGUGAUGUUGUGCCUUCGAAAAGUGACACUUCAAAGUAGGUGAGCGUCGCGCAACCAAUCACAGUAUCCGGUAUUUGUCUAGAAACACUUAGACAGACGUUUGACAACUUGUAAUGGAUCUACACAUGUUCGUUGUGACGGCGUUUUCGAUUAUUGUUGUUUUACUGUUGUAUAUACCCGGUUUAUUUCACAUGUUUAGUUUAGUUAUUAUCAAUGUUAAAAUUUAAUGCAAACAAGUUAAUGCAGAUAAUAAAGUCGUCUUUCUUUCCGGGGAUUGUGUAAGACGUUAUGACGCCGAGAGCGAAAACACUUUUCUGUAUAUAUUUGUUUAGAAACUAUUUGUUCUGGCCAAUUCAUAGUUCAUAUACAAGCAAUGUUUAUGAAUUGUAUGUUUAGUUAUAUACCAACGUGUUCAUUAAUAAACUAUGUGUUCAAUUUGAUACAAAUGUGUUCAGUUUAAAGAUGUGUAUAAUUUUAUUUGGGUGUUCUCAUUUAUAAAGAAGCGAUCUGAUGUUCUGAUGCACAUAAUCGUAUCCAGUUUCAUAAAUAUAAGUAAAUUUCCCAGAAGAAACAACGGGUAAAUUGUUGUGAACAUGUUCGUCGAUCCAUUUCUUUUUAUGCGAAAUACAAAGAAAGCUUUUUCCUGAGAUCAUGCACUUUGAGAUGAAAAGAAGACCCAUAUUGAUGUUAAGGUCAACAGCUAAAAGGUCACAUGGACCUUUAAUAUAAACAAAUAUGACCUGUUCGUGUCCACAUUAUAUCUAGAGAACGCUUUGACUUAUGAUGCGGCAAAUUGGAAAGUUCUUUGCUUUGGGUUAAACGAUGAUGUCUAUCUAUUUUAAGGUGAAUAUGUAAAUAAUCAAGUUUGAAUGCGCUUGCAGCUUAAACCCGUUUUCACACAUAUCUUGAAAAUGCUUCGACCUAUUGUUAUAACCGUUAUAAUAAUUCUUAGUCCUCAAGGAAGGUGGGCUCGUAUCUUUUGAUACGCAGAGCAACAGGUUUAGGAGCAUGCAACAUUAAAAUAUCUGUUAACUCGUAUUGCCGUGGGGCAACAUGUUUUUAAUGUCUUGAAUUAAUGUGCUCAUAUAUAAACAAUGAUACACAUAUAUCUAACUGUGUUUUGAUAAGUUGUGAAAUCCGGGCUUAAUGGAUGUGCGUAAAUUAUCGCCCCAGAUUAGUCUGUUAAGUACACACAGGCUUUCAGGGAAGACACUUUCUAGUUCUCUUAAAGGAAGUAUGUUUUAAACAAAAACUCCAUUCUAUGUGGAAAGUGUCGUCCCUGAUAAGCAUGUACGGACUAAACAGGCUGAAACGGGACUAUGCUUUACGUACAUCAAUAAGCACGGUUUCCCCAACUCAAAGGUUUAACCGCAUUUGAAUGUCAUUAUGUAGAAGAUCCCAUAUUUAAAAAAAUAAGUGUGUGUGGUUAGCCUCAACAAU